UUGACACCGGAAGUGUAACGUUCGUCGUCAGAAAACAGGAACGCAUGUGGUUUCGGAUUCACUGAUUAUUAAUAUUUCACCGCGUGUUUCCUCCUUUAAAGAGUUUGUUUACCUGCAGCGAAGCCUCGCGGAAAACAAAGUCUGCUUCGAAGACACACAAUUACUCUUUUGUUCAAGGUCAGCACGUUAAAAACCCGCUAAAUGUGACUGCGUUAGCUCAAUGCUAGUCAGCUAUUAACUUGAAAAAAAAAAAAAGUUGCAGGUGUCUAAGUCACAUAAGCUCAGCUGGUAAACAACUCUGCACCUGAAGCUCGCCGUUCAUCAUGUCACAGGCCACCAAGCGCAAACACGUUGUCAAGGAGGUUCUUGGAGACUUUGUGACGCCCACAGAAAACCAGCAGAUCGUGAAGGUCGUCGGUAGCCGUGGUAACAACCUCCACGAAGCUGUCACAGCCAAGGGUGAGACGUUCCUGGUGAGCAUGCCCACCAAGUUUCGCAAGAACCUCUGGAUCAAGAGAGGUGAUUAUGUGAUUGUGGAUCCCAUUGAUGAAGGAGAGAAGGUGAAGGCAGAGAUCAGCUUCAUUCUCUACAAGGAUCACAUUCAGUACCUGCAGAAACAGCAGUGCUGGCCAGAGGGGUUCAUGGAGGAGCCGUUGGAGCAGGACAAGACAAACAAACAGCAGGAAAAGGAAGAGGGGACGGAGGAGAAAGGCGAGGACGAGGGAGUUAGCGACUCUGAUGAUGAUGAUGAGAGUGACCUCUUUGUAAACACCAAUCGCUGUAACUACCAGUACAGCGAGAGUGAGGAGGAGGACAGCGAGGAAGAACACAAUCACAAAGAGGGAAGGACAGAAAAUGGCUCCUAGUGGCAGCACUGUGGAUACGGACAAAUAAGAGUAAGAGCUGUGGAAAUCAUGAGACGGCGUCCUCUGCUGCGCUGCCGUCCUCACGGACUCCCUCUGUAGCUCUUGUAUGGCAGCCUGCCGUAGACGUUAAAUGGCUGGGCUCAUUGAAUGGACUUCAACUUAAGGGAGCAAAAUAAGCCUUUGCUUGUUGAUCCAGAAAAAUCUGUAAUGUAGAAAUUUAGCUGAAAGUGAAUAAUAAUUUUCAUUAUUUCCAAUGUCUGUUUGAAAUUCUGUAAAUUUCUACUUUUAGUUUCAGUGUUUUGGUGAAAUGACAAACUAAAGCGUGUUUGUAUGCUCUACCUCCAGUGCAGCCUUUAUUAUAAUGCCAGUACAUUGUGCGGUAUGCUGUCUACCCAGGCCACACUGUACAUCUGCAGGGUAAUGCUAAUCUAAACUGUCCUAUUCAUUCACCCUCAUAGGACUAAAUAAAGAAGAGAGAAAGAAUCACAGAAACUCAAACAUGUAUUGUUGCCAAAAUCAAGUUUUCUCAUGUUUUAAUUUCAGUUACUGGGUAAGGAUGGCUGUCAAGCUGGAUUAGAGGGUGUGGUAAUAAUUGAAGCACCGUUCCUGUAUAAUCCUGUUUCGAUGUAAACACUGUUCCAGUUUCACCAGUCCUCUGAAGCAUAUUGUAACUAGCUGGCCUGCCUCUUGAUUUUCAAAUGAAUGCUGCCGACAGCCCCUGAGAUUUCUUUGUCUCAGGCACCAGAAGAUUUUAUCAAAAUGCUUUAGUUUCAAUUGACUUUGAAACCUUUUGUACUUAAUUGUCAUGACAUCUUUGUGCCUCAUCUUUUACUGACAUUCCUCACCCAGUUGAUUAUUUUGGUUUUUUGUAGUGAACACUUUGGAAAUCGAUAAAUUCUUGAACUGUGCUUUACGUCACUUCAACACGAUCAUUCCAUCUCUGACUUCCACAGAUGUCACAGACAUUCAAAGAACCAUCUUCUUUGGAAAAAGUAUUAUAAGCAUGGAUAUAAAAAAUAAACCCACCCCUUCCACUUUUACCACAAUCAAAUUCCUGAAUGAUAAGGUCACAAUAUUAACAGAAAGCCUCUGAGCAGUUAAUUUUUGGUGCCGGUGGAACCAGUUCUGCUGCAAUGUUCUGCAUACGUUUUGCCCCCGAGGCGUGAGGGGAAACUAAGUUAGUCAGACCACAUGCUUUAAAUGUAGAACAUGGCUGAGUGCAUCUCACUGUUUGAGUGGUUUUGCUUGUUCAGGAAGCUGUGAAAUAACUUUCCAAUGUAAAAUAUUGUAGCUGGAAAACAAGUUUAUUAAACAUUUAUGCUUUUUCAGGAAA